GCCGUCGCAAACUUGGCGCGCGCCGCCCGCGCCCGCCACCGGGACGCCCCAGGACCUUUCACCAUGAAUUCCACGGAGUCCAGCCCAUUGGCAGGUUCUGCCUUGGCCAUGGGAAGCGUCACACCCGUGCCUUCCAAUGGGACCACUUGUGAGAACUGGAGAGAGGUCCAUCAUCUGGUGUUUCAUGUCGCCAACAUUUGUUUAGCCAUUGGUUUGGUGAUUCCAACCACUCUUCACCUCCACAUGAUACUGCUUAGAGGGAUGUUGUCUGUAGGAUGUACCCUUUAUGUAGUCUGGGCCACUCUCUACCGAUGUGCCUUGGAUAUAAUGAUCUGGAACUCAGUGUUCUUGGGUAUCAAUAUUUUGCAUCUUUCAUAUCUUUUGUACAAGAAAAGACCGGUCAAGAUUGAAAAGGAACUGGGCGGCAUCUAUCACCGAUUGUUUGAACCACUCCGUGUCCCUCCUGAUUUGUUUAAAAGGUUAACUGGACAGUUUUGUAUGAUCCAGACCUUGAAAAAGGGCCAGACUUACGCCACAGAGGAUAAAACUUCAGUUGAUGAUCGUCUUAGUAUUCUCCUAAAGGGGAGAAUGAAGGUCUCCUAUCGUGGACAUUUCCUGCAUAACAUUUACCCCUGUGCCUUCAUAGAUUCCCCAGAAUUCAGAUCAACCCAGAUGCACAAAGGGGAGAAAUUCCAGGUCACCAUUGUUGCAGAUGAUAACUGCAGGUUCUUAUGCUGGUCAAGAGAAAGACUGACUUACUUUCUGGAGUCCGAGCCUUUCCUGUAUGAGAUCUUCAGGUAUCUUAUAGGAAAAGACAUAACAAACAAGCUCUACUCACUGAACGAUCCUACCUUAAAUGAUAAAAAAGUUAAGAAAUUGGAGCCCCAGAUGAGCCUGUGCACACAGAUCUCCAUGCUAGAGAUGAGGAACAGCAUCGCUAGCUCCAGUGACGGCGAGGAAGGCCUCCACCACUUCCUGCGGAGCUCCUCCAGCACAUCAUCUCUCCCUGUAGCUGUGUCCUCCCCGCAGCAGCGAGCGUCCGGCAAGAUGAAGCCAAUAGAGGAAGGGGUGGAAGACGACGACGAGGUCUUUGUACAGGUGUCUGCAGAUCCACUUAGCGUCCAUCAGUUGCACUGAUGAGCCUUUAAGUGACCAAGAUGGAAGCCGUCCUGACAAGAAGCACUGUGAGGUGACUUUGAGGUGGUUGCUUCAGUCCUGCCAGAUGGGAAGUGACGGAGGGCCCCAGUCGGAAACUGUGGGCCGCCUGCCCUGUCGGUUAGCUCCUUGAGAUAGCCGAGCCUUCUGACGAGGCCUUGUUUGAUUUUGAGAUAUGUAUUUUCUCCGUAGAUAUAUUAAUAUUAUUUUAAUUAAUCUUAGAGCUGUCAACACAAAUGACUUUUCACUUAUUUUUCUAAGUGUGGCUCUUUUUUUCUCACGUGUAUCUUUUUCCCUGUCAUGGUAAUUCAGAACAAGUUGUUCUUUUGAUCAUUAUAACAAUGUAAGUUGAAACUGAGGCUGACAUAACAUUAAAAAUUUUACCUUUU